AUGAUUGAUCGCAAAUUGAUCGUCAUCUCUACUACUUACAAGUCCGUUCACCAAAGAAGACAUACGGAAUCACGGACGGUGUCGUUGUCGACCCACAAAGAACUCAACGCUAACGACUUCUUCAGCAACACCGACUUGCUCUUGAAAAUAUUUGAUUAUCUUUUGUGGGAUGACGAUGACGAGCUAAUAAACUCGGACAACGCAAUAGCGUGCAAGCAUGCCCUAGCGCAGGCAGCAGUGACAUGCAAAACUUUAGAUCGCCUCUGGUGUAGCCUCGAUACUCUCUUCCCACUGCUCAAACUCCUCCCAUCAUUCAUACAAUGUAAAGGAACAUACGUCCUUCGAGGACCAACCGACUGGUCCCGCUUCGACUUCUACGCCAACCGCGUCAAAAACUUCAGCUACAUCCGUGACCCAGACCACCUCGACAUCGCACUGCACGUCUACUUCCGCAUCGCCCAACUCCUCCCCUCACCCAUCCUCCUCCCCUCCCUCCAAUACAUCCGCUGUCCAUCCAUCAGCUCAAAUGAUUUUCUCAUCUCUGGCAUAUGUCUCUCUCUCUCCCCGUCUUUGGUAGCAGUCGAGAUUAGGGAGAUUACAAGUGUGGAAGAUAAAUUGUGUGGGACUUUUUUGUAUACGCUUUUGAAUGAUGGUGCGGAGUUGGUGAAGAUUAUACUGAGGGGAGAGGGCCUGGGGAAGGAAUCGAUGGCGCUAAUACCUCGUUUUGAGAAGCUGAGGGUGUUGGAACUUGGAGGAAUGGGCGACUCUCUGAGUUUGCCGUGGUUGGAACGCGUUGGGGCACUGUCGGCGCUUACAGACCUCGACUUGGAUUUCAUAGACUCACCAAUACUCCCCUUGGCGAAAACCGUAGGCUUCAAACACCUAAGGAGUCUAUCCAUCUCCGCAUCGCUCCCAUUCAUCCUGUCGUUCGUUGUCAACAUAUCAACGGACCAACUAGACACCUUUGUCUGCCUCUCACCCCCUGAACCAGGGUUCGACAUGAAACUUUUGUUUGAGGACGUCGUUUCGCGCUGGCCUAGCUCCUUACGAUGUUUCGGGCUCAGAUUAACACCGGAGGACACGGAGGCGGAAGAGAAGUUACCUCUCGACACAUUAAAGCCUUUAUUCCCUUUACACAAUCUCCGCAUGCUCAGUCUACGUGGAUACCUUAUGGAUAUCAGCGAUGACCUGAUGGAAGAGUGGGCGAAGACCUGGCAAACUUGA